GACAAAGAGCCAUCGUUGAGUGGGGCUCUAGUUCAGUCUGUUCGAGCCAGUAGUCUAUGUGUGACAUUUUCAAACUAUGUGAAGAUCCGUUUUAAGAUUUAUUCCUCUAUGAUGGAGAAGUAUGAAAAAAUUGGGAAAAUUGGCGAAGGAUCCUAUGGAGUUGUUUUCAAAUGCAGAAACAGGGACACGGGUCAGAUUGUAGCCAUCAAGAGAUUUCUGGAAUCAGAAGAUGACCCUGUCAUAAAGAAAAUCGCCCUUCGAGAAAUCCGCAUGCUCAAGCAACUCAAGCAUCCCAACCUUGUGAACCUCAUCGAAGUCUUCAGAAAGAAGCGGAAGCUUCACCUGGUGUUUGAGUACUGUGACCACACAGUUCUCCAUGAGUUGGACAGACACCAAAGAGGGGUACCAGAACAUCUUGUGAAGAGCAUAACUUGGCAGACAUUACAAGCUGUAAAUUUUUGCCAUAAACACGAUUGCAUACAUAGAGAUGUGAAGCCAGAAAAUAUCCUCAUCACAAAACAUUCAGUGAUUAAGCUCUGUGACUUUGGAUUUGCUCGACUUUUGACUGGCCCAAGUGACUACUACACAGACUACGUGGCCACCAGGUGGUACCGCGCCCCUGAACUCUUGGUGGGGGACACACAGUAUGGGCCCCCAGUAGAUGUUUGGGCAAUUGGCUGUGUCUUUGCGGAGCUGCUAUCAGGAAUGCCUCUGUGGCCUGGAAAAUCAGAUGUGGAUCAGCUAUAUCUGAUCAGGAAGACCUUGGGAGAUCUCAUUCCUAGGCACCAACAAGUAUUUAGCACAAAUCAGUACUUCAGUGGGGUGAAAAUUCCAGACCCUGAAGAUACGGAGUCACUUGAAUUAAAAUUUCCAAACAUCUCUUUUCCUGCCCUGGGGCUCUUAAAGGGCUGCCUCCACAUGAAUCCUGCCGAGAGAUGGACAUGUGAACAGCUGUUGCAGCAUCCCUAUUUUGACAGCAUCAGAGAAAUGGGCACUUCGGCCAAAGAGCUUGACCGGCCACUAAGGAAGACCCUGAGACAGAGCCGAAAGCACCUGCCUGGGGUAAACACGGGGCGCUCUUUCACGGAAGCAUCGCAGUUGCAGGCCCUUCCUCAGCUGACCAGCAGUGGCUUCCUUCCAGCUUUGGAUAAUAAGAAUUACUACUGGAAUAGGAAGAAAAUGAACUACCAAUUUCCAAACAUUUAAGGAGCUUGGAGCUAGAUGAUGAAAAAGGAGUUAGUCAAUAAUUUGGAGAAAACGAAACGUAUACAUUUGUUUGAAAACAAUCACCAUAUCGAAAGGAUACCAGGAGAAAACAUAAGUCACAAACCGGGGGAGGCCACCUGGCAGAAGAGAAAGGGAACUUCCAGAGGCAGCCUUCCAGGCUUCACGAUGGUGACCAGAACGGAAACACUUGUUUGGAUUUUCAUUUGCAUUUUUGUUGUAUCUAAGCAGCUGAGCUAAUGGAUAGAAAUAUAAACUGUACCUACUAUCCCUAUCUCUGGCAAAAUUAGAAAUGUAAGGAUUUAUGCUUUUAUUGUACCAUACAUAACCAGUGAG